AUGUCUGAUGAUAAUAAUACGCAACAAGCACUUGUUGUGCCGACAUCAUCCUCUUCGGAAACCACAGAAGAGUCCAUAGUGCAACAACCAACACUCCCAACUGUUCAUGAAGGCUCAUCUCCAGUUGCUUCUUCUGAAGAAAAACCAGCCGGCAUGUCAUCCCCAACGACUGUAUGUGUUACGGGAGGAACUGGUUUCGUAGCCUCACAUCUCAUCUUCCAAUUACUUCAAAAAGGAUAUCACGUUCAUACCACCGUUCGCUCCCUUCCCAAAGGAAGAGAUGAAUUAUUUCAAGCACUUCUCAAUUAUCAAAAAGAAACCAUUCCCGAUACCGUCCAUCAUUUCUUUGAUGAACAUUCAUUGAAGGAACGAGUACAAUGCUUUGAAGCGGAUCUUCUCAAAGAAGGAAGUUUUGAACAAGCCAUUCAGGGAUGUCAAUUUGUUCAACAUGUUGCUUCGCCUUACAAGGUUACUGUUGAAAAUCCACAACAUGAUUUGGUGGAUCCUGCCGUGAAUGGAACACUCAAUGUUUUGAAGGAAUGUGUAAAAUUGAGAGAAACUCAAUCGAAUCAAGACCAAAAGAGAUUACAGCGAAUUAUAUUAACUUCUUCCAUUGCAGCAGUGGUUGACACAGCUGAGGAAAAUAAGGUGUAUGACGAAAAUGAUUGGAAUACUCUAUCAAGUUUAAAAUGGAAUCCCUACUCUUUUUCAAAGGUCAGUGCUGAGAAGGCAGCUUGGAAAUUUAUGAAAGAAUGUGAAGAAAAACAUGGAAAGGAUUUUUUGGAAUUGGUCACCAUAUGUCCGUCACAAGUUAUUGGUAGAGCCAUCAUGCCAAAACAAGUGAAUCAAAGUCAUGAAGGUAUCAUGAAAAUCGCAAAUGGUGAAUUUCCAGCUAUUUUUUCAUUGUAUUUACCAUUAGUCGAUGUCAUUGAUGUGGCAGCAGCUCAUGUGUAUGCUAUGGAGCACGAAAUGAGUGACAGAACUCGAUUUAGUCCAUCUAAAGCUGAGAGAUUUAUUGUAUGCUGUGAAACAAUUUCCAUGUCCAAAGUGGUAGACAUUCUUAGAGAGUUGUAUCCAAAAGAAUCAAACCCAUGGACCAAGAGACUGCCCAACACCAAGUUAGAAAGCGGAUUUGGAAAUGCAUUGGCAAAAGUAGCUGGCCUAUUUCAGCCAAAAGGUGUUCGACAAUAUAUCAACAGCUCCAUUGGAAAGCCACAAAAUUUCAGCACUAAAAAGAUUAAGGAAACCUUCGAAAUGAAAUUUAUAGAUACAAAGGAUACUAUUAGGAAUACUGUGGAUUAUUUGAUGAGUAUUGGAAUGAUUAAACAGUAG